UUGCACGGUGACGGGUUUUGUAGGGUUCAGACUCCCGCUUGUCUCGCCUCCCAUGGCGGCGGCGGAAGCGGCGCCGGCGCCCGAAGCGAGCGGCUUCUGUACUGGCUCCGGCGGCCUCUCCACCGGCCGGAAGCUGGUGCCGUGGUCGAGCUGGGCGGAAUGGCGCUUCGUGCGCGACGGCCUCUUCUCCCCCUUCCCCGCCGCCGCUCUUCGCAGGAUUGCGACGUGGCGGAGCAGGGGCUCCGUCCUGAUCCCCGUGGACGUUACCGCUGCCUUCGUCGAGAUACGUCUGCGGGAUCCCUUCUUCCGGAGCGGAUUGGCUGGUGAUGAUGCCAUGGAGUCAGAGGAGAUGCUCGCGAUGCUGUACAGUAUGGCAAUCAUGAGGCUUGUAAAUGGUUUUGUGGAGAACCAACAUAAGAAAACUGGCCGUUCCAUAUCUGAACUAGCUGAGGCUGUUGGAAUACCACGAGUUCUGGUGGACAUUCGCCAUGAAAGUUCCCAUCGCAACCUUCCCUCCCUGCGACUGUUACGCCUGGCAAGUAUUAAGGCAUUUGAUUGGUUGAAGUGUAUUUACUGGGAUCGCCAAACUAAUUCAAUUCCUGAUGUUGAAGUGGAACUGAAGUUGAGAUUGCAUGAGAUUGCUUCCUUUUUGAAGGAGAAUGAUUCAAAAGAAUCAAAAUCAGGUUCCAAAAGGAAACGUUCUGAGAAACUGAUAGUCAAAGCCAUAAAGUAUGCUCGACGGCUAUACUAUGCUUAUCCCUUUGAGGUUGUCUCUGUUCUACUGGAUCUUAUGCAACUGGAUGCUCCAGAGUCCCCUGAAAGCAGUGACAUGCAAGAAAUUCAUAGUUUGGGUGUUUAUCACUCAUCUGACACUCAAAUAUCAAACAGUGAUAUGAAAACUAUCAUAGUGAAACUUUCAGAGAAAGAACCAAGAUUGUUGCUUAGUGUACUGAAGUCAGUAAUUGAAAUGAUUGAAGCCAAGGAAGAACUCACAAACAAAGGUGAAUCUUAUGAAUUUCUACCAGUUGGGCCAUUUAAAGUGAAAAGGCUAUGUUCCUUGGUUCUAUGGCUUGUCACAAGCAUAAAAGAGCUUAAGGAUUCAGGCUACAUUGGGCUUGUUCAUGAGAUAGGAGUACUUUCUUCAGACAAGAAUGCAGUUCCUUGUUUUUGCCUCGCAAAACUUCUACGGAAGUUACUGAAUCUAUCCAUUACAGGUGAAAGAUGUAUGAUAGAUGCAGCGCUGCUGUUGAUUGAGAUGGUCAACGGUAACAGUGUGAAGGAGAAAUUGAGGAAACUUCCUGUGUUAUCUUUGCCUAGGUUGGUUAAAGUUUCUUCCCUCCCACAAUCAAGAACCAUAUGCAACGAACAGGGAUCACUUGAAAAGGCAACAGAGACGUUGGAAAUGUUCAAGUUACAGUUGAAGAGGCAGAAGAAUGCAUGCUUAACGGAAACUGGCACCACUGCAGGACCAUUCAACACAAGCACACCAGAGAAACAUAAUAGAUGGUCUGUAGCAAAGUCAUGGACUCCCUGUCCGAUAGGAACAAUACCCUGCUCAUUUAGUUCAUGUGCUGUUCUUCCUGCCUUUGAUGCUGUGGAUCAUGGAUUGGAGGUUGCCACAUCAGAACAGCAUGGAACUUUUGAUGAGGUUGAUCAUUCUGAAAGGUUUGAAUCCCAGUCUGAUGAGUUGGAUGAUGGAAGCAUUCUGAAAAUAUCAAGAUCAUCACCAGAAUAUGAUAUUUCAGAUAUGCCAGAAUCGACCUCUCCUUUGAAGGGUAGAUUACUGGUUGGUGGUGUUUGGAAAAAGGUGUCUGAAGAGGAGUUACUCUUGAUAAAAUCAAAAAUGAAAUUGUUGUUGUAAUAUCAUCUAGUUAGAUUUGUCUCUCAAUAGUCAAUUUUGUUUUGAGACAAAUGAUAGUGCUGCCUUGGAGCCGAGGAAACAGUGCCCUUCCCCCCAUAUUUGUUCAGUUUCUGCAGUAUUUA